UCUGUCGUAGUGAAUGAAGUGCAAUGGCGGCUGCCCGAUCAUGGCGAAGCCCCAUCUAAAAUAUCGACACUGUGAGCCCCACUAGAAAAGUAAAUACCACAUUAUCACGAAUAUUUACGUCCUGCAGACCCCAACUGCCCCGCGAGAACGUAAAAAGACUCACCGAGCAAUUAAUGAGCGCGAGCGCGCCGCGAGUGCCCGUAAAUACGGAAUAAAUGAGCCAAAACCCGAAGUAAAUACGUAAAUAUCGUUGAGUGAAGUGCUGAGGAGUCCCGUGAAUUGUCAACAAUUGAUUUCUAACCUAAUCAAGGAAGCCCCAUUCCUUAUCGCCGAGCCUGGAGAUCGUCGUAAGAGGUAACUAUGAAAUUAUCGUAAAACCGAGAGAGAGAAAUCCCUUUCAUGGAAGUGACGUCGAGCCUGAGCCCCCGAUGACCGAUACUUAUCAUCGAUAACAAUGAAUAAAGAGGAAGUCGAUAAUCCCGUGAAGAUGGGAGAGACCGGAGUCCCCGACCCUGAAGUCAUAAAAAAAGAGAUGACAAAUUGGCCUGAGAUCAAGUCAAUCCUGGACGACGGCCUGAAUAAGCCCGAGGAGGUCCUGAAAACCGAGGAGAACGGGGCGAGCCCUCAGGCCGAGGUGGAGGCGGCCCCAGAGGAGGAAAAAAAUCGCCGACCGAUCCCCAGGUCGGAGGCGCCUGCGGACGCGAAAAUCCCCGAGAAGAAGGAAGCCCCCCCGGAGGAGGUGCCCCCGGCCCCCCCGGGGGAGGUAAUCGCGAAGUCCGAGGGUGCCCCGGAGGCCCCCGAAGAGGAGAAUUCGCCGCCAGGGGAGGCCGAGGAAAGCCCCGAGGCGAAAGUGGAGACGAUCCAGCUGAUCGAGGAGAUAAUCGUGAUUCCGGUCCAGGACCCGGGGGAUCCGGAGUGCCCGGAGGCCCCGGCGGAGGGGGCGCCCCCGGAGGCGGUGAAGCCAGAGCCCCAGGAGCCGAAGGCGCGAUCGGUCAUCGAGGUCAUCUACGAGGACUGGAGCGACGGGAACGUCGAGGAGGAGGAGAUGUCGAGGGCUCCCGACGCCGUCGAGGAGGAGCUGUCGAGGGUUCCCGACGCCGUCGAGGAGGAGCUGUCGAGGGUUCCCGACGCCGUCGAGGAGGAGCUGUCGAGGGUUCCCGACGCCGUCGAGGAGGAGCUGUCGAGGGUUCCCGACGCCGUCGAGGACCAGCUGAAGAGCCUCCUGGAGGAGAGAGCCCCGAGGUCCCCGAAGACGAGGUCGAGGGCGCCGUCCCCCCAGGUCCAGUCGACCCCGGAGCCCCCGCCGAAGGCCGCGCUCGACCCGGCGGAAGUUCCCCUGAAGCAAGAGGAGAAGAAACCCCCGGAGAGCGUCGACGAGCCGUCGUCGGACAGCAAGGAGCUCCUGGCGAUCCUGGAGGGCGACGUCGAGCCGGACUGGUCGGACCUCAAGCCGCCGAAGCUCACGGUCGAGUCGAGUCCGGAUCAGAACGUCAAACCAGAGGACGACAACAGCCCCCCGAAGCUCGAUCCCCUGACGGAGCGCCAGCUGGCGCUGAAGCAACUCCUGGAGCUCCCGAUGACCUCGAAGAAGCCCCGGAUAUCCCCGAGGAAGUCGCCGGUGGUGCCGAAGCAGAUCCUCGAGGAGGACGAGAGCGUCGAGGAGUUCAAGGUCGACGAGACGAGGUCCGGGCGGAAGCGGAAGCCCACGGAGAAGGCGCGGGAGCACGAGAUAACGGCGAAGCGACAGAAGGUCGUGAGGGUGAAGACCCCCCCGGAGAAAACGAGAGAGCGAUCGCUCAAGGACUCGAAAUCCCCGUCGCCCGGGAAAAAAAUCGUCCGCAAGGUCCCCCAGAAGCCCGCGAACGCCCUCAGAACGAGGAAGUCCCCGAAGCCGGGGUCCCCGGACGGCGCUCCCAAGCGAAAGAAAACCGUCAACGAGAUCGAUCGACUCCUGCAGGACGAGGGUGUCGUCAACCUGCUGUACGACGUCGAGCAGCCGCAGAGACGGCGCCUGGUCCCGGUCACAAAGUCUCAAGCCAAAGUCAUGGACAUCCAGAAGGUCCAGCGGGAGCUCAAGAUCCGGACGAAACUCGUGAAGAACGCAGUCCUGAGGCUGAGGACCUCGGCGGGACCUGGGGCCAGCGCCCCCCGGGCGAAGCGAAUCUCCGCUGGGAGCGGCUCGUUGGAGGAGCCGGAGUCGCCGACUGCGACGCCGACGAAAUCGUCAAUCCCAGGGGACGAGUUCCUGCUCCCCGCGAAGAUCAGGAACGCCGCGGACGCAUCGGUGAUCGUCCGGAGGCACUCGUCGAGCUCAUUCUCGAGUGCGUCAGGCAGCCCGAGGGUCAGCGUCGACAGCAACGACAGGCAGAUGAGCUACGACGACGGGAGGGGGCAUCUCCCGAAGUCCGGGAAGCGAAGUCAUCCCCUGGGGGAGAGGAAGAAGGUCGAGGGGAAGAAGGCGAAGAAGUCCCUGGACAGAGGGAAGUCACCCGCCGGCAAGGGGAAGCCCGUCGAGCGGAAGAAGAUGAUGAUAUCGAAGGAUCCGAUGAAGGACGACGAGGAGGAGGACGAGAAGUCGGGGGCGUUGAGGUCGAAUGGCACUGCCGGGAGGCUCGGCAAGCCCAGGAAGAGCCAGAAGAAUAAAGUGACCUUCGCCAAGCACGCGGACUUGGACGACAGCUGCCUGGAGGAGGAUGAGGAUGACCUGCUGGAUGGAUUACAUAUCCCGCAAGGGAUGGCCGGGGAGGACGAGCUUUCCGCGUGUCUCGCUGAGGCUGUCACCGCCCUGGCCAAUGACUCCGCGACGCGGGGAAAGAAUUCCGUACUUAAUAGGAAAGGAAAGUCCCGGGAGCAGAGGGGAAAGGACGGGAAGGCUCAGUUCAGUAACAAGGAGAUCAACGUCCAGAGGCACGCCAACCUGGUGCAGUUGAUCCUGACGCCCUCGACGACUUCGAAAAUCAGGAAUGGGAUCACCCUGCAGAUGAUGCAGGAGUUCAGGGAGGUACUGUCGAUCCUGAAGAAGGACGACGACUGCAGGAUGGUUUUACUCACCUCGACGGGCUCCAGCUUCUGCGAAGGCCUGGAACUCUCGACUUUGCUGGAGGAGAAUAAGGACGUUAGGAGGGCCAACGCUCAAUUACUGGCGGAUGGGGUCAAGGACUUCAUCAAGAGUUUAGCUACUUUUAAUAAGCCCAUUGUCGCCGGGGUGCAGGGCUCGGCUGUUGGGCUGGGAGUCACCAUGUUGCCUCUUUUUGAUCUGGUUAUCGCCAGUGAUAAAGCAUCCUUCAGCACUCCUUAUGGGAAACUUGGGCAGAUUGCUGAGGGGGCUGCUGUCUUCACGCUUUCACAUGUUUUGGGAAGUGCUGUGACGAGUGAACUUCUGCUGGGAGGUAGAACCUUAACUGCCAAUGAAGCACUCAGAGCUGGGCUUGUCACAAGAGUUCUCUGGCCAGACCGAUUUCACGUUGAACUGUUGCCUUCCCUCCGAGCUAUGAGUGAACAAUCUUCACAGUCGAUGGAAGCAACAAAGGCCCUCCUCCGUCACAGCUUGAGAUCAAAAUUAGCAGCAGCCCUGGAGUCCGAGAGCUAUUUAUUGGUACAACACUGGUGUUCAACGGAAUGUCAAAAUGCAAUCAGAGCUUACAUGGAUGAGAAGGUACAGUGAACAGAAAGACCUCAGAGAUGCAGAAAUGCCAGAUAAUUGGCACGAGAGAAAUAUAAAUGAUACAUAAGAGAUGAUAUUUAAAUUAUUUUAAUAUCCACCGGUAGAAUCUAUCUCGAACGCAAUAUUAAUUCAGAGUAAUUCGUGAAUAAUCCCUGAAUUGGAUAAUUUUCUAAAGGAUUUAGCUCUGUAAAUUCCGCAUUCGAUGCUGUAAUUAGCUGGGACGUCCGAAAAUUCACAAUUUGGGAUUGAAAAUAUAACGGAAAUGCAGGAUGUUCUCCCGUUUUUUCGACUCGUUGGGCCUUGUUUAUUACUAAAUUCUUGAAAUUACGUAUUAUAUUAAUCUGUAGGUAUAAAUAAUCAGUUAUUAUACUUUUACUAAGUGAAGUUUAUCAUUAAUUUUAGGAAAAUGAGUGAGUGAUGAGUGGACAAAACAAAAAAAGUCAAUUCCCACGAGAAAUAUGUCCAGGAAAAUUCUACUCAAGUGAAAACAACUUUUUUUGUUCUGACUCUUCGCUUCUGAAAUGAAUAUUUCAAUUUACCAAUUCGUCUUUUUUGUUGACUAUAAUUUUUUUCAUAUCCGUAUGAAUUUUUUUUUCAAAACUGAAGAGAUUUUGAAAUGUAGUAUUUUUUUUUGAAUGUUUAAUUGUUGACGAGAAAAUAUUACUUUAAAAGUGGACGUUCGUGAAUUUAAAAACUGUUAUUUGUAAUGAGAGAUACAAUAGUGUGAAGCUUCAAUUUUUUUCCGUUGGGGAGCAUGUGGCAAAGUGGAAUGAUAGGGCAAAAGGGGCACCUCAAAAUUGUUGAAAAAAUGAUGAAAGUAGUUAUCGAAUUCGUAAUUUUUUUAAAGAGGAGAACGAAAUGCCACAGGGAGGGCAAAAUGGGACGAGUCAAAUGAAUCAAUGUUUGCAGAAUUUUUUUCACGUCAAAGACUGUCCCAUUUUGCCUUUCAAUUUUUUUAAAUUGACGUGACAACUCAUGCUGGAGCCACAUUUUAACUCAAAUAUAAGUAAUUUCCACCGACAAACAGUCAUAAUUAGCCUCUACAGUUUCACGGCCCGUUUUGCCCACCCCUCACAUUUUUUUUCAAUCUCUCGCUCAAAAAAUUCUGAAGACUAAUGGGAGAGACGACUGGAGGCCUCACUUCGCUCGUCCCCCCCGUUUGACCCUUGAACAACCAAAUUCAUUACCAUUCCACUUUGCCCCACCCCUCCCCCUAUUUUACGAUGUCGUGGGAGUGAAUGGAGAGUAAAAAAUAUCGAGUGGGUGGACGAAGAGAGAGAGAGUACAUGUUAUCGAGGUAAACAAUUUUAAAACACACAUGUAUUGAUAAAUAUAAAACCCGUACAAAUAUAAGUAAGAUAUUCACAAGCCAA